AUGAAACCUUUCAUUGUACUAGCACUCUGCUGUAGUUUUUUCUCUAGCAGAGCCACCCCUCUUCCAUUUGAGUUUUUGGACUGUGAUGACCCUGAUGUCUUUAAAGCUGUCGACACAGCACUGAAGAAAUACAAUGGAGACAGAGCAGCUGGUAAUCAAUUUGCUCUAUAUGUGGUGAUGGAAGCCAAGAGAACUGCAGGUCCUGACACACAAUUCUAUGUGAAAUAUCGAAUACAAGAAACCACUUGUGCCACUGAGGAAAACAAACUCUGGCAAGACUGUGAUUACAAAGUACCUGCAGAGGCUAAAACAGGAGAAUGCACAGCUCAAGUUCACAUGAAUAAUGCUGAAAAAACAAGUAACAUUUCACAAGAUUGCAAAAUUUUUCCAGCUACGCCAAAGAUAACACUUACUGAGGCUACAUGUCUUGGAUGCUUCCAUCCUAUAUCAAGUGACAGUUCAGAAGUGUCUGAAAUUCUGAAACAAGCCAUUCAAAAGUUUAACAGGCACAGUGCUGAACGUGUCCUUUUUAAGCUUGUGGGAAUAAAAGAAGCUAAAAGACAGGUGGUAGCUGGAUGGAAUUACGUAAUUAAAUAUGAAAUCGAGGAGACUAAUUGCUCGAAAGACCAAUUUCAAGAUCUAACUCCAGAGUGCAAAACCACUUCUAGAGGUCGUGUAGGUAAAUGUGAUGCCAAAGCAUAUGAAAAUCUUCAUGCGCAGAUCGUAGAUAUUGCAAGCCAAUGCAAGCUUCCAGUUGAAGACACGGUAAAUCCUGACACUUGCAGUGGUUGUCCGGAGACUAUCCCAAAAGACAGUCCAGAACUGAAGGAACUACUGAAGGUUUCUAUGGAGAAGUAUAAUUCAGAGAGCAAUGAUGAUUUCUACUAUAAAGGUGGAGAAAUAGAAACAGCGACAGUUCAGGUGGUUGCAGGACAAAACUACCAUAUAUUAUUUGUGGUCUGGAAGACAAACUGCUCAAAGAAAGAGUUUGAAAAACUUAAUGAAGACUGUGAAGCCACAUCAGACAGUGCACCAUUGCCAUGUGAAGCACAAAUUCAUGUGAUCCCAUGGGAGAAUAAAAUCUCUUCCCAGGUUAACUGCUCUAAAGAACGGUCAAUGGCUACAUUUCUAAGAAGGCCUCCUGGAUUCACACCUUUCCGAAGCUUUGCUGCAUUAGACCAGCCAAAUAAAAUUUCACACUCUGAUAAAAAUGAAGAAGAAAGGCAAAGACCUGAGAAAGAAACGAGAAAAGAUGGUGGACAGGAACCAGAAGGUGAAGACCGCCCGGAAUCUCCGCUCCCCAGAUGUCCUGGAAAACCGUGGAAACGAAUUAUAGACCUUCCGGCUCCCUCUAGCUUUCCCAGAGAAUUCACAAAUGAGGAUCUCUUGCCUUCCGCAGCAGCAAACAUCAAUCCAGCAACAGAAAACUCAACACAUCCCCAAACCAAAGACUUUGAUCUCUCAGAUGCUUUACUAUAA